UAAAUCUUUGUCCAGCGUGCCCGCCAGUGGAAUGCGCGCCCCCGCUGUCCGCGUUAAUUGGAGCGCACCGCUGAUGGUGGUUAGAAAAUGUGAAUGUUCCAAUGUGCUCUGCUGGACAGGAGGAAGGAUGAGGAUGAGGAGGGGGACUGCGCACGCUGCGCCGCUUCUCUCCUGAUCGCAGCUUUUAAAAAAUGAUUAUAAGGAUGAAAAGUGGCCAACGCUGUUUUAUUGGAGCAGGUUCUUCGUCCCGUUAGGCGGAUAGCAGUUGUUUGGUUGUUUCUCCAAACUUGUUCUCCUCUGUUUUUCUUCCUGGCAGAAUAAUUCCCUCUGUUCGACCACACUUCGUUUUCUGUGUGCCCACAUUUUAUUUUAAAUCCGUUUCCAAGCCCAGAUUAUUUUAGAUUGUGUUUAAAGCGUCGAUGUGGAGGAUCAUAGCCGAAUAGUUGUUGUUGGCAUCCGGAGAAAGAAGCUCGGUGUGUCUGAGAAGGAUUCCUUCUAUAAGCAGGACCGUCAUGUAUGCAGGACGCAAGAGGAGAAAACCAGUCCAGAGAGCGGUGAAGCAGCCCCCAGUGGAAGGAGCCAAAUCCAAUCCCUCCAAACGACACCGGGACCGGCUGAAUGGGGAGCUGGAGCGCUUGGCCAGCCUAUUGCCAUUUCCUGAGGAAGUCACCGCCAGCCUGGACAAACUCUCCAUCCUCCGCCUGAGCGUCAGCUACCUGCGAGCCAAGAACUUCUUCUCUGUUGCUCUGAACAGUCGUAACAAAGCAUCUCCAGCUGGCGUGAAUGAUGACGACGAUAAAACAGCAGGAGUGGCUGAGACCAGGAUCCCUGAAGGCGAGCUGCUGCUGCAGGCUCUCAACGGUUUCAUCCUGGUUGUCACUGCCAAUGGGACCAUCUUCUACUGCUCUCACACCAUCCAGGACUACCUGGGCUUCCACCAGACGGACGUCAUGCGCCAGAGUGUGUAUGAACUGGUCCACACGGAGGACCAGCAGGAGCUCAGGAGAAACUUGCACUGGGCUUUGGAUCCUCCUUCUGCCAUUACUCAGGACACCCCCCAAGAGAGGGAACCAGGCAGCAGUCCAGCUUUGGUAUCCUACAACCCUGAACAGCUUCCCCCUGAGAACUCGUCCUUCCUGGAGAGGAGCUUUAUGUGUCGCUUUCGCUGCCUGCUGGGUAACUCCUCCGGCUUUCUGGCUUUGAACAUUCAGGGCAGGCUCAUGUUUCUGCAUGGACAGAACCAGCAGCAUGAAAACGGAGGAAAGGCCCCGCCGCAGCUCGCCCUGUUUGCCAUCGCCACUCCUCUGCAGCCUCCGUCCAUCCUGGAGAUCAAGACAAAGAACAUGAUCUUCAGAACCAAACACAAGCUGGACUUCACACCCCUGGCCUGUGAUGCAAAGGGGAAGAUAGUGCUGGGGUACACGGAGGCCGAACUGCGGGUACGAGGAUCUGGCUAUCAGUUCAUCCAUGCAGCAGACAUGUUGCACUGUGCAGAGAACCACAUCAGAAUGAUAAAGACUGGGGAGAGUGGUCUGACUGUGUUCAGGCUUCUCACUAAGGAGAAUCGCUGGAAAUGGGUCCAGGCUAAUGCCAGGCUGGUCUACAGGAACGGCAAACCUGACUACAUCAUCGCCACCCAGAGGCCUCUUCUGGAUGAAGAGGGAGAAGAACACCUGCGUAAGCGCUCCAUGCAUCUGCCCUUUACCUAUGCUACAGGUGAGGCCCUGCUCUAUGAGUCCAACCAUCCCAUUGCAGGCUUCAGAGAUGGAACCCAUGAAAAAAACACUGGCAAGACAAAGAAGAGUCGGACUGACAGGCUGGUGAUCGAUGGUCUGGACCCUAGCUCAUUGCUGGGGGCAGUUAUGAGUCAGGAUGAGUCAGUGUAUGUGUGCCAGCCCGCCCUGGAGCCCAAAAUGUCAUUCCAUAGCAGCUUCUUUGAGGACCAAAUGGCCUGGCCUGAGUCGAGCACUGGGGCAGUUGGUCCAGGCAUCACAGACUUGAGCAUCGGUUUCGACCCACUGCUGGCUACUCUGGACUCCCUCUCACUGGAAGGCCAAGGGACUGAGGGUGCAGACGAGGGUGGGUGUUCAAAUGGUGAGCUGUUUGGGGCUCUGGAAGGUCUGGGGCUGAGUGCUGAGGACCUGGAACUGCUGCUGCUAGAUGAACGCAUGAUCAGAGUUGAGAUGGACCAGGAACAGGUGCCCACUUUGGAUGACCUGCUGACAAAUCACGAGAUCCUCUCAUAUAUUUAUGAUUCCAUAGUGGGAAAGACUGAGUCCACAGAGCAUGAAGGGCAGGUGCCUCCUGGUCCAGCCUCAGCAACAGAGAGUUAUCCCACCUUUGAUAGUAGUGUACAAAUGCAUAUUCCUCCCCAUAAGCUUCCCCUCAUGGGGCAGGCUCCCAUUGUCCAGCUGUCCCAGCAGAUGCAGCAGCACCUCAACCUGAAGUCAGGUAAAGUGGCGGUGGACUGGGAUCAGCAGAGUGACCAUUUGGCUGAUACGGUGGCUAAUGGAGAGCUGCUGGGGCAAAAUCAACCUAACCCUAGUGGACCAUGGACAGCCCAAGGCAUCCUAGCUAGUGCGGAGAUACAACUGGAACACUUUAGCACCCAACAGACUAUUUUCAGUGGCAAGGCCUUGAAGCUGGAAGGCGAACUUUGUCAGCAGCAGACUCAUGAGCACUACCUUCAGCAGCAGCAGCUCUCGCAGCAGUGCUGUGUCAAACAGAAGGCUGCCAACCUCUGUGGAUUCUGUGGCACCGCCAGCACAGAGCACUCAGCUGGGAAUUCCCAGUGGCACAGCUGUGGAUUCGGAGAGAGCCUAAGCAGCAUCCCCUGCCUUGAUAGCAGCCAAAGACCUCUAGCAGACACCUCACUAGAUUCUUGCAUAGAUUACAGCAUGCCUGAUACUGACAAUGCAGAUUACACUAUUAGUGGCAGUGGCUCGUUUGGGACAGGUGGACAACAGCAUGGGACAGAAUCUGUGAUUUCACCCUUACAGGGGGUGCAGCACCAGCAGAUCUCAGUUCCUUUGGCUCAGGAUCCCUCCAGCCUGUUACAGUACCCUCCUCCCAGUGCCUCCCUGGAGCAGAUCCUGGGAGCGGGCAAGUCCUGCGGUCAGCUGGAACCUUUUGGCACAGCAACUUCUGAGAUGCCUCCUGAUCCCAGUGUCAGUAAGGUUGACAACGGCUGCAUCCUGAGCAGUGCUUGCCCAGGAGGCUGUGUUCUGCCCAGCGGGAAUGGAUCAGCGCCCCCUGCUGUCCAGAUGCCCAGUCCCGAGACUUUGUCCAACCUCCUCGCCCCACGAGCCACCGGUUUCUAUCUCUGACCAAAUGACCAGGAGCGGUCACACAGCAUGACCCUGGACCAGCCUUAUACAUCUAGACAUCAUAACACACCCAGCUGAAUAAAUGUAGGCCUGUGUGUUCUUCUUUUUCUUUCAUUUUUAAUGUGUAAUGUUUUUUGUGGAGGGGAUCAUUGUGUUGUAUUAUCAUGAGUCUUCUGUUUACUGUGAUGCAGUCAAGAGUGUUAAGCUGAGUUUAAGGUCAACAUGAGUUUUUGUGAACCUGAGUUUUAUAAUUCUACAUUCAGAUACAAGGCAGGAGCAGAGAAGAGUGGGUCUGAAACAAGGAUCUGACCAAGCAUUGUCAUGCGAGUUUAUGUUUUACAUCAGAUAUUUCCAGUUUUUCCUGGUUUAAAAUCAUAGCUUGGUUUUAUGGCUAGAGUUCUUUGCUUCGAUUUGUAUCUGAUCGCACAAUAAAACACACAACCACACAGGCAGUGCAACAUUCUGGUGUCUUUGGUCCUGGCAGUUGACAGGACAUCAGCUUUGCUAGUUUUUCCAUCAUGCUACAGGGAUUUAAUCUGUCAGUGUUCAGUGAUUUCUUUGUUGAACAGUUUUACUUGUCAAUAAUGAGAUUCAUCUAUAUGACUAGAAAUAUCUUGCACUUUAUUUUAACAUAAUGCAGAUGUGUAGUCAGGGACACUGGGGUUAUAAAAACAACAGACCCUUUUUGUUUGUUUGUUUUUAUCUUUGAAACAACUGAUGCAAAAUGGACCAGUUUGCAUCUUCUCUUACUUGAGGAACAUUUCAGGUGAUGGGUUAAUGUCCUCACAAGCACAAACAGCUCUGUAUAGCUGUUAGUUUCAUCUUUUUUGUCUUUCUCCUCUUGAAUUGUUUUCUUGUUGUUUAUAAUGUUGAUGAUCUUGAACCUCUGGGUGAGUUUUCUUUUUAAUUUUGGGCAUUGUAUUACUCUAACUGGCUUGAUUAGUAGAAGUCACUUAAAUGUAAUUGUAUGUAUUCGUGUCCUACAGCCAGUACACAUUCUUGAUCUCUCAAAAAAAAGUACAUGAAAUGCUUUGUCAUCCUUGUGAGGGAAUUGGGAAACCGUUUUACACUGGAUCCAAACUCAAAUCCAUUACAGUGCAGUAAAGCUCGAAUUUUUAGAGAUAACAUCUGCCAUCUUGUUUGCUCUCUCAACCAAACGUCAGGUAAAGUGAAGACGCUGAACAAAGCAAAUAAACUGAGCUUCCAGAGAAGUCCAGAGUAAAGCCAGGUAUGAUAGUAUGUCAGUCUUCUCCCCUGAUUUAGCAUCAUCAAGAUAUUUCACUAAAAUGUCAGACUGUUCCUUUCAAAAGGUAGAAAACUUGUCACUAAAUCAGGUCAGUAAUUUCAGGUGUGUGCAGGGCUGGAAAAGCCAAAUGUGAGUCUGAGGGUGAGAGGUCUCUGCUGGUGGGACACAGAUCUGAAUGUCUCUUGUACAUAGAGAAAGGACUGGAACGUGACAGUCGGAUUAUUUCAACUAGAAAAGAGAUGUCUGUGUAAUUGUUCUAAUGUCAUUACUACUGGUAUUAGCACGUCUUAUGUUGAAAUGUGAUACACACGUGGUUCAUUUCCUUUUCCUUCCCUUUGUUUUUCUACAGCAGAAUUGUUUGAUAUGUUUAAUAUGGUUGAUGUGACUUAUUAACUAACUAUGUGAAAAAGAUGCUUAUACAAACAAGCUUUGACAAAUGCAAGUAUCAAACUCCUUGGUUGAUUCUUUUUGUUCUGCUUUUUAAAAAGUGUAACUAGUGCUCUCAUCACAACACACUGGACUCAAACAGCAUGACAAUGGUGCCAUACUACUGAGACUUGGAGAGUUUAGUAUUCAGCCACAGUAAUGUCAACAUCCUAACAAGACCUGGUGUAGAUGUUGUAGAUUGGACUCGUGUCCUUUAAUGGCUUGUUUAAAAUGUUUCUUCCUUUGAAAUAAAGAAUUGAACGGAUCACGGUGAAAACCACUCUGACAUACAGUACAUCCCCCUCUCCGAGUCCUCUGGAUUUGUACUCAGCUGGACAGUGAGCAGCAGUGACUCCUUAAUGUGGAAAUGUGAAGGUGUUAUAUGUAGCAUUAAAACAUCAGUGAAUAAAGACCACAUUACAUCUGAGAAGUCUGAAUGAUUAACUAGAAACAAAACCACAGUGGCUUAUAUCGUAGCAGAGGGAUACAGGAAGUGCAGUUACACCCAGAAUGAUGUGUUUGAUGAGUUUCAAUCCAUGUUUCAGAUGUUUUCCUUCAAAGAGAAAAAGCAUUGGAAUGAGAGAAUACCUUUCACAAGCAAGAACCAUGGCACAGCAGUGAGUUUAAAGGUUUGAUGCAGUGAAGAAGUGUUGGAUGUUAGGAUGGUUGUGAUUGAGGAGGACAUGAAUGUGGAGGUAUUGAGUCAGCUGACCUGAUUACAGGCUCCAGAUGUAGAAAAAAGGAGAGAGGUUGGAAUAGGAGGGAAUAGGAGGGUUCCACAAACCUGAGACAAACGGGAAUGUGGGUUAACCAGGUACAGGAUAUGGAAGCUUGCACAGAAGUUUAGAUGUUUGAGUUUUUUGUCUGCUUGAUGUCACUUUUACUACUAUUCUUGUAAUUUUGGAUUUAACUUUGUACAAUGUUU